AUGGCGGAGGACAGCGAGUCUGCGGCCAGCCAGCAGAGCCUGGACCUGGACGACCAGGACACUUGCGGGAUAGACGGGGACAAUGAGGAGGAGACCGAGCACGCCAAAGGAAGUCCCAGAGGGGACUUGGGUGCCAAAAAGAAAAAGAAGAAACAGAAGAGAAAAAAGGAGAAACCAAAUUCUGGAGGCACCAAGUCAGACUCUGCAUCUGAUUCCCAGGAGAUUAAGAUUCAGCAGCCUUCAAAAAAUCCUGCCAUUCCAGUGCAGAAGUUGCAGGGCAUCCAGAGAGCAAUGGAGCUGUUAUCUGCAUGCCAGGGUCCCGCCAGGAGCAUCAGUGAAGCUGCCAAACACAAAUACCAGUUUUGGGACACACAGCUGGUACCCAAACUAAAUGAAGUGAUAACGUCUCAUGGUGCGAUUGAAGCAGAUAAAGACAACGUGCGUCAAGAACCAUAUUCCUUGCCACAGGGUUUUAUGUGGGACACUUUAGAUUUGGGUAAUGCUGAAGUGCUCAAGGAGUUGUACACCUUGCUAAACGAGAAUUAUGUGGAGGACGACGACAACAUGUUCCGGUUUGACUAUUCGCCCGAGUUCCUGCUGUGGGCUCUGCGUCCCCCGGGCUGGCUUCUUCAGUGGCACUGUGGAGUCAGAGUAUCUUCGAACAAAAAACUGGUAGGGUUCAUAAGUGCCAUCCCAGCAAACAUUCGGAUAUACGACAGCAUGAAGAAGAUGGUCAAAAUUAACUUUCUCUGUGUUCAUUAGAACUUGAGAUCAAAACAGGUAGUCCCAGUGUCAAUUUGAGAAAUAACUAGAAGAGUGAACCUGGAGGGUUUUCCAGGCCGUUAUACUGCUGGCAUGGUUCUUCCUAAGCCAGUGGCCACAUGCAGAUACUGGUAUUGAUCACCAAAUCCCAGAAAACUGGUAGAAGUAAAAUUUUCUCAUGUGAGUAGAAAUAUGACUUUACAGAGAACAAUGAAGCUGAACAGACUUCCAGAUGUGACAAAGACUUCAGGCUUGAGACCAAUGGAACCAAGAGAUAUUAAAGCAGUUCGAGAAUUAAUCAACAGUUACCUGAAGCAGUUUCAUCUCGCCCCAGUGAUGGAUGAAGAGGAAGUAGCCCACUGGUUCCUCCCCCAGGAGCACAUUAUUGACACAUUUGUAGUGGAGAACUCCAGUGGUAAACUUACUGACUUCCUGAGCUUCUACACACUCCCCUCCACAGUCAUGCACCACCCUGCUCACAAGAGCCUCAAAGCUGCCUACUCCUUCUACAACAUUCACACGGAGACACCCCUGCUAGACCUCAUGAAUGAUGCGCUCAUUAUAGCUAAAUUGAAAGGAUUUGAUGUAUUCAAUGCACUAGAUUUGAUGGAAAAUAAGACAUUCUUGGAAAAACUCAAGUUUGGUAUAGGAGAUGGCAGUUUACAGUAUUACUUGUACAAUUGGAGGUGUCCAGGAACAGAUUCUGAAAAGGUUGGACUUGUAUUACAGUAGGUGGAUGUUUCCAUUCCUAGAACUCUGACACCGUCAUUUGUUAAUAUUUUAUUUAAUGAUUCCUGGAACUGCCAUUCCAAAGAAUAAAAGCACAACUUAAGUGAAACUGAUGCAGUUGGUAAUAAUCGGAAAAGAUGAAAAAACAUCCAUAUAUGACCAAUACUACAUAUUUCUAGCUAGAACAUUAAUAUUCUUCCUUAUUUUCCCACUGUUUACCCAUUUGAAAGAGGGAUGAAAGGGUACAAAGAGCACAUUCCUCUAAUUUUCAGACUUUUGACUGUCUCUUGAUGAAGAGAAGGUUUUUGCAUUCUCUAGAAAGGGACUUUUUUUAUAUGGACGGAACAGAAGUCACGGACUCGUGUACAAAAAAUCUUUGCUAUUGUGUGGAGAUAAACUGCUGCAUUUCUAUUUAUUAAGUGGUGGUC